ACUUGCGCGGUUGGCGUUUCCUGUCCUGGAAUUUUAGGCGCGUGGGGUAGGAGGUGCCCGGCGUGCUCUCGCUCCAAACAUGCGGCCCGGUUUUACCCCUCGCGGGGGACGUGGGGACCGUGGAGGACGCGGAGGCUUCCGAGGAGGACGAGGAGGUGGAUUUAAAUCUCCUGGAGGUUUCCGAGGAGGAGGAGGUGGUGGAGGUUUCCGAGGUGGAAGAGGAGGUGGUGGCGGCGGCUUCCGAGGUGGACGAGGAGGUGGAGGACGAGGAGGAAGGGGUGGCUUCAAAGGAGGCAAAAGGGUGACUAUAGAGCCCCACAGGCAUGAAGGCAUCUUCAUCUGCAGAGGAAAAGAAGAUGCAUUAGUCACACUAAAUCUGGUACCUGGAGAAUCUGUAUAUGGAGAGAAGAGAAUAUCUGUAGAGGAGGGUGAAAAAAAAGUGGAAUAUCGUGCCUGGAACCCCUUUCGUUCUAAGUUGGCUGCUGCCAUCCUCGGAGGCAUUGAUCAGAUUCAUAUCAAACCAGGAGCAAAAGUUUUAUACUUGGGAGCAGCAUCAGGAACAACGGUGUCUCAUGUUUCUGACAUAGUGGGACCGGAAGGGCUUGUGUAUGCUGUGGAGUUCUCCCAUCGCUCAGGACGUGACCUCAUCAAUGUAGCAAAAAAACGGACCAACAUCAUUCCUGUCAUUGAGGAUGCACGACACCCACACAAAUAUCGCAUGUUGAUUGGCAUGGUGGAUGUCAUUUUCGCAGAUGUGGCUCAGCCUGAUCAGUCACGUAUCGUUGCCUUAAAUGCACACAACUUUUUGAAGAACGGUGGUCAUUUUGUUAUCUCCAUCAAAGCCAACUGUAUUGAUUCAACAGCGGCCCCUGAAGCAGUUUUUGCGUCGGAAGUAAAGAAAAUGCAGCAGGAAAACAUGAAACCCCAGGAACAACUGACUUUGGAGCCAUACGAGCGAGAUCAUGCUGUGGUGGUUGGCAUAUACAGGCCACCACCUAAACCGAAGAAGCAAAACACAUAAAUAAUUGAUGCCUGUUGCUAUAGGGGCAAAAGGACUUUUCUUACUUCUUUUUAUGUCAGGAUUCUUGCUACUGCCUGGGACUCAACAGUCUUAAGAUGCUGUACUGCAUCUAUGUUCCGUGGCAUUCUGAAAUGUGUACAUUUUAUAUUAAAAUAAGUAAUAUAGAGA